UCGAGGCACAAGUCGAACGACUUCCAGCAGACGUCAGAUUGCGAAAUGAAAUUAAAAUGGGCUCUACAUUUUUUGCUGCUGAGUCUAUUGGCCCUUCAGGAAAUACAAUUUACGGCUGGAUCACGAAUUCUGGCCGCGUUUUUCCUUCCCGGCAAAAGUCAUUUUAUGAUGACAAACUCGAUCAUCCGGGAACUGGUCAAGCGUGGACAUGAGGUGACUUUUAUCACGCCCUUCUCGCUGGCCGAAGAGAACCUUGGUGCUAAUUAUAAGGAAAUUCUGCUGGCACAAUACGAUAUCUGGACAGAGAUGAAGCAAAUGUCGAACAAGGAGAUCAUUUUGGAUACGGCGGAUCUGUCUAGCCUGAAGCUGCUGCGAAUGCUGCACGUGAUGGGCGUGCAUAGCACGGACUUUGCUUUCUCGCAGCCCGAGAUUCAGGCUCUGAUCAAUGCCGAGCAUAAGGUGGGCCAGUACGAUUUGCUUUUGGCCGAGCAGUUCUACAAUGAGGGCGCAUUAAUACUGGGUCAUCUGUAUCGGAUACCCGUCAUCACGGUCUCCACGUUCGGCAACACGAACUACUUCAGCGAAUUGGUGGGCAUCAUUACGCCCUGGUCAUAUAAUCCGCAUGGCUUUAUGACCUUCACCAAUCGCAUGACCCUGUCGGAGCGUCUGUUCAAUGUGUUUAUCUGCGGCACGGAGCACCUGAUGCGCCAAUUCCUUUACUAUCCCGCACACGAUGCGGUGCUGCGCAAGCACUUUGCCCAUGUGCUCGAUGUUGUGCCCACAACGAAGCAGCUGGAGCGCAACAUCUCCGCCAUCCUGAUGAACAACUAUAUGCCGCUGGACGCACCCAAACCCAUUUCCUUCAAUCAGAUAGCCGUCGGCGGACUACACAUUCUGCCGCCCAAGCCUCUGCCGCAACAUCUGCAAAAGUUCCUCGACGAGGCAACACAUGGCGCCAUCUACUUCAGCCUUGGUACACAGGUGCGCAGCGCCGAUCUGCCGCCCGAGAAGUUGAAGAUCUUCUUGGACGCCUUCGGCAGUCUGAAGCAGCGUGUGCUGUGGAAAUUCGAGGACGACAGUUUUUCCAAUCUGCCCGCAAAUGUGAUGAUACAGAAGUGGAUGCCGCAGGGCGACAUACUGGCACAUCCCAACGUGAAGGUGUUCAUUGCCCACGGCGGACUCUUCGGCAUGCAGGAGGCGCUGCAUUAUGGCGUUCCCGUCCUGGGCAUGCCCGUCUACUGCGAUCAGCACUUCAACAUCCAUCAGGGCAAGGCCGAUGGCUAUGCUCUUGGUUUGGACUAUCGCACAAUUACCACGGAACAGCUGCGCUCCUCGCUGCUGGAACUGCUUGAGAAUCCCAAAUAUCGGGAGACCAUGAAACGAGCAUCGCGCAUCUUCCGGAAUCGGCCGCUUGGCGCCAUGGACACGGCCAUGUUCUGGAUCGACUACGUCAUCGAGCAUCGCGGUGCUCCGCACAUGGUGUCCGCAGGCCUGGAUCUCACCUGGUAUCAGUUCUACCUGCUCGAUGUAAUUGCCAUUGUUGUGGCCACAGUUGUGGCCAUAAUUGUGCUGCCCAUUUGGAUUUUAUGCCGCAUCUUACGCAAAUCUCAAAAGAAGCCCAAGAGAAAGGCGAAAAAGAAUUAAUGGUAAAAGAAUAAAUGGAAGAUGGAAUAUAGAUUGUCAAUUUCGGAUUAGUUUACCU